AUGGCGUACCCACAGACGACCACGGACGGAGAGCAAGAUCAUCUCAAGGCUCUUGUCUUCCAACGUCUGCAUCCUCGUAUAUAUCUUGAACGAUUCGUUGCAGAAGAUGUUCGCCCGGACGGGCGUCAGUUCAGCGAGCGGCGAGACAUUUCGGUGAACGUCGGCUCAAUCUCCUCCGCGGAUGGAUCGUCCCUCGUGCGGUUAGGGAACACGACAAUAGUGUGCGGCGUCAAGGCAGAGAUAGCAGAGCCAGAGCUUGACCGGCCCAAUGAAGGGUUUCUCGUCCCUAACCUCGACCUUCCCGCGAUGAGUUCUCCAAAAUUCAAAUCAGGUCCACCUUCAGAGGAAGCCCAGACGCUUUCUGACAGAUUGAACGACGUCUUCGUUUCAUCGAGUUUGAUAUCAUUGCAGUCGUUAUGCAUACAUCCCGGAAAAGCGGUUUGGGUUCUCUAUGUUGAUGCAACAUGUAUCAACUAUGACGGGAAUGCAUUCGAUGCGGCAUUGAUCGCCAUGGUCUCCGCCCUUAAAAAUACUUUCCUGCCCAAAGCCACUUUCAACGAGGACACUGGUCGGACCACAUGCUCACGACAAACGAAAAUACCUCUGCAGAUUCAGAAACUACCCACUUCCUCAUCAUUCGGUGUGUUUGACUCCUCUCACAUCUUUGCCGACCCAACGUCUUUCGAGGAGCCUCUGAUGGACACUACUCUAUCUAUCGUCCUUGACGACAAUCUACAGCUAAUCUCAGUGACACAACUUGGAUUAGCAGAUUCUGGCACUGAGGAUGUGCUCUCUACGUGCAUAAAAAUAGCCAAACAGCAUAACCAAAACCUAGCUGAUAGAGUAUAUUCUGUUUAA